AUGCAUAGAAAGGAGCUGUCAGUUGCUCAACGUGAGCAAAUUAUUGGUGCAUAUAUUAGUGGUGUUAAACAAAAAGUUAUUUCUGCUCAGCUUGAUAUUCCUACCAGUACAAUAAAUGAUACUAUCAAACAGUAUAAAGAAACAGGUUUUGCAACACCUGAAAAAUGUCCCAGUUGUCCAAAACUGCUCACUCAAUUUAGAAAAUAUCUUCAUGAUGAGGGUCUAGAAAAACAAAACUGGGAAGAAGAAUGGAAAAAUGUGAUAUGGUUGGAUGAGUCAAGGUUUGCUCUUUUUGAAUCAGAUGGCUGA